UUAAGAAAAUUAAGAUUGUAUAACAAAAAAAAACUUUUUUCAAAAAAUGAAUUAAAGCGCUGAGCAUGUUUCGGAUUGGGAGUAGUAUUUUCCAAAAAAUUUUUUUUUGUGAAAAAUUGUUUUUUUUUUUUUGAAAAUAAUUUAAAAAAACACGAAGAAUAGUCCAAAAAUUCGAAAGGAAAUUAAAUUACAGGCUUAGAAAUGUUACAAAACUAAAUUAAAAACUUUAUAAAACUUGAAAAGAAUGAUAUGUAAAAUAUGAAAUAAGUAAUUAUGUUUAAAUUAUUUUUAAAUAUUCAUGUGUUAAAAAUAUAUGAGCGUUAAGUAAAAAAGAAUCCUUUCAAAUACAAAACAAAAAUCGAAAUUGAGCUUAAAUGUGUAUAUUAUAAUUUAAAAUUUAACUUGAAUAAUAAUAUCAUGCUCAAAUCAAAAUUUACUCCUCUUAAUUCAAAAUUAAUCGCUUAACUUAUGUAGAUCAACACACCGCUGUUGUUGUUAAUGAAGUUUGAAAAGAGUUCAUGGACAAAAGCUGAAGUGAUUCACAAAGAGAUGAAUUAAUCAGAAUUGUUUGAUGAAAUUUCAAACAGCUUAAGUUUUAAUCUACUUGACGAGCAGAUUAUGAAGUGAUAAAUUUGUAUAGAGAAAUUUUGUCAAGUUGAGUAGAUAAGUAAUUACGAUUGACAGCGUUGAUGCCGUGACUAAAUUUUGAUUUGAACAUGAUAUUAUUAUUUAAAUUAAAUUUUAAAUUAUAAUAUACAUAUUUGAGAGUAAUAUUUGAUAAUUAUUAAUUAUAUUUUAGGUUACAAAAACAGAAACAUAAUUAACGAAAUGUAUAAAAAUUCAUUUAAUAAAAAUGCAUAUAAAUACAAUAUUGAAAUAUGAAAAUAAUAUAAAUCAAAUACGAAUAUAUAAAUAUAUAUAAAAACAGUUAUGCUGUAAAAAAUAAAUUGUAUUUUUUUUCAAAGUAUAAAAAAAAAAUAUUUGUGUAUGAAAAAAGUCGUAAGAGAUUAAAAAUAAUAAUUGCUGGACAAAAAACAAAAAAAAAUAUUAAACAAAAAAAUUGUACGCAACAGCCGUUAGAGAUUCAAGACAUAAAAAAUAAUUGUUGUACUUCACUAAAUAAAAAAAGAAAACAAAAUAGAAAAAAAAUAGUGUGUGUAAAAAAAAAUUAAAUAAUAUUCGUGUUUCACUAUAAAAAAGGCAGUUGCUGGUGAAAAUUAAAAAAAAAAAAUUCUUAGUGUUUAAAUAUAUAAAAAAUAAUACUUUUGCUUAACUAUAAAAUAAAAUUAAAAAACAAAAAAAAAUUAAUUUCUUGUGUUUUACGGUAAAAAAAAGUUGUUAAAAAACAUAAUUAAUAUAAUAAAUUUUAAGUAAAAAUAAAAAAUAUUAUAAAUAAAAAAAUAAUACUUUCGAAGGCAAAACCUAAUAAAAACAAAGAAAUAUAUGUCAAGUGUAGCCCACCACCAACUACAAAACAAACCCUCCAGAACAACAACCUAAAAUCCGACCAUCUCCAACCAACCGUUCAUCAUGUCAAUUCCCACUAGCGAAUACAGCGAUUUGCUGUCAUACUUCAGCAAUGAUACCACCGCCGUCACUACUAACAUACUCUCACUAGCGCUCACACAAUUAAAUGAAACGCACACAUUGACAAUUGCGAAUAUCUCAAACGCUACGGCAGAGUUGAACAUGUACGCCACCGCAACGAAUGACAGCGACGUGGCGCUCAUUGUCACACAGGCGGCCGCGGCGGCGGCCAUGUACGCGAAUGCUUCGGCGAAUGCAAGCGACUACGGCGAUGGCGACGUGAAUGCCGCCGUGAAUCGCAGUGCACUUGUGGUGGCAGUGGGACGACCGCGUAUGCCCACCGAGAUGCCAUUCUGGUUGAUACUCUGCUACAGCAUUAUAUUCUUGUUUGCGAUAAUUGGCAAUUUGCUCGUCAUAUCGACGCUAAUACAAAAUCGUCGUAUGCGCACUAUCACUAAUCUAUUCUUGCUGAAUUUGGCAUUUUCCGAUAUCUUGUUGGGCGUCUUCUGCAUGCCGGUGACGCUGGUCGGCACCUUGUUGCGCAAUUUCAUAUUUGGUGAAUUCUUCUGCAAGCUCAUACCGUUCUCGCAGGCGAUUUCCGUGGCGGUCUCUUCAUGGACACUCGUCGCAAUCUCCUGCGAACGCUAUUAUGCCAUCUGUCAUCCGCUUAGAUCGCGUACAUGGCAAACGCUCAAUCAUGCCUAUCGCAUUAUAGGCUCCAUUUGGGUAUGCAGUAUUAUUUGCAUGACGCCCAUAGCGAUAUUUAGCCAAUUGAUGCCGACCAGCCAGGGUCUACGCAAAUGCCGUGAACAAUGGCCGGCAGACAGCGUUGCCUACGAGCGCUCCUACAAUAUAUUCUUAGAUCUGAUUUUGCUGGUGUUGCCGCUGUUGAUACUCAGUUUCGCCUAUAUGCUGAUAACACGUACCCUCUAUGUGGGCAUGCAGAAUGAACGUGCCAUGAUUUUCGGCAGUGUCGCACCAAUUGUGGCAGGUGGCAGUGGCGGCGGUGCCGGUGGCCUCGGUGGCAUUAGUUGCGCCGCCGGCGGUGGUGGUGGUGGCAAAUUGUGCAGUGAGCUGGAAACUUUAACUACCGCCUUGGUACCAAAUCCAGCAACAGCAACAACAGCAAACAACAAGAAAUCAGCGAGACGAUUUCAAUUCAAUGUAUCGUUUCGUGUGCGUGGGCGCAGUACUUGUAGCAACAACAGCGUGGACGAUAUGGAUGAACAGCAACAGCAACAGCAGCAACAACAACAGCAGCAUAAUGCGAUGAAAAAAUCGAAAUCACACUGUCGUCAAUUACAACAACAACAAUGUGUAAUGCAAGAACAACAAAAACAAUACAACGAAGCAUGCUAUGACGACAUCGUUUCGACGCAGGCGAUUGCAACAACAGCUGUAUCGCAUAAACGUAAACUGCUAACGGCGACAGAUGGACGACGGCAUUUGUAUUGCAUGCGUUCCGGUUCGAUAAAAUCACUCAAUCACAACAACAACGAUCGCAACGGCGGUGGCUUGGGCAGCAGCAGCAAGAGCACAUCGACAUCCUCAUCGAUGACGGUGAUUAAUGUGCCGCAGCAGCAACGUUUCAAGCUUUAUCAGCAACGCCACCAAAGUCAACAGCAGCUACAUCAGCAUCAAAAGCAACAGCAGCAACAACAGUUGCAAAUGUAUAUGCAGCAGGAUAUUGAACGUAGUAAAUCAACAUCGACACCAAGUCUGCGGUUACACGAUACCGCAUUAAGGAGAUCUAACAAAACGAAGAGCCUGGAGAGUAAGAAGCGUGUCAUCAAAAUGCUUUUCGUACUCGUGUUGGAGUUCUUCAUAUGCUGGACACCGUUAUACAUUAUCAAUACGGUAGCUAUGUUCAUCGGUCCGGUUAUUUACGAGUAUGUCGGCUAUAGAUGGAUACCAUUUCUGCAAUUGCUCGCCUACUCGAGCAGCUGUUGUAAUCCAAUUACGUAUUGCUUCAUGAAUGCGGGUUUUCGACGCGCCUUCCUCGAUACCUUCAAGGGCAUCCAGCUGAGCGGCGUGUUAUUUCGACGAAAAAACUCACCGAACAACUCGGUGGCGGGAAACUCGAUUAUAAUGGCCAACAGCGGCACCAUGAUGACCACAAACACCGUGCUGGACAGUCCGCGACUCUGAGGGCAAAAGCAAAAGCGGCGCCGACCCGGCCCCAAUUCCAAAUGGCAGCGACAGAUGUCUGAUUCGGUGUAGGCUGGCAGCCAGCUAAAGCAAGUGGUUGUGUGUGAUUGUGAGUGUUAGGUUGUAUGGGUGUGACUGCGCGUGUGCGUUUAUGAGAUUUAUCGCAAGCGAUUUUAAUAUUAUUAUCCAUAAUCAUAUUUGUAUUUGUAGCAUUUAAGCAGCACAUAGUCUUAAGCUACAAGCAAAUUGUUAGCAUAAAUAUUGUUACUAUUCUAUUCAAAUAUCGGUUGUAAAUAUCAGUUAAAAUGUGUAAUGAAAUUUAAUAAAAAUCAAAAACUUGAAAAAAUUCAAUCAAAAAUCAAUCGAACGUGUAAACAAGGCUUUCUGAUACAACUGAAUUAAUUGAAACAGAAAAUUCAAUUUAAACUAAAUCGAACACUUGUAAAUAUGUUCUAAAUAUGUGUAUUAUAAAAACACAAAAAUAAAUUUAAAAAAAGUUGUGAUUUUUAAAUGCGUGGCAUCUGGCGAUUCAACGAAAUAGGUUUCACAUUUUGGCUUUCAUACAAAAUCGCAUGAGAUUACAAUAAACAAUGUGUGAAUAUAUGACUAAAUAUCAAAUGUUAAAUAAAUUGAAUACAAAGCUAAUUUACAAAUAUCGCAAAAUAUUCCAGUGUUUUGUAAACGGUGUAAAUUAAUAUCCAGAUAUAUAUAUAUAUAUAUGUAUGUACAUUUUGAAAUAGCAUCUACUGUGUUUGUGUGUGUACAGUUGUUUAUCCAUCAAAUUGUCAAAGUUGCUCAAAAUAUAUAAUAUAACACAGAUAUAUAUAUGUAUGUACAUAUGUUUAGCAAAUCUAACAAACUUCAUUCAUUUUAUUCCAAUUCGCUUUUAAAUAUUAGAUUAAGUAAACUCUUUUAUUUUUAUGCUGUAAAACUGAAUCAAAUGUGAAAUAUAAAAUACAAUCUAA